GAUUACUACAAGUCGGGGAUAAUCCGCUGCCCUGACGGCGUUUCCAUUCCCGAGCUGAGGGAGGCAUGUGACUACCUCUGUAUCUCCUUCAACUACAGCACCAUCAAGUGCAGAGACCUCAAAUGGCAGGAUUACUACAAGUCGGGGAUAAUCCGCUGCCCUGACGGCGUUUCCAUUCCCGAGCUGAGGGAGGCAUGUGACUACCUCUGUAUCUCCUUCAACUACAGCACCAUCAAGUGCAGAGACCUCAGCGCCCUCAUGCACGAGCUGUCCAACGACGGAGCCCGGCGUCAGUUUGAGUGUUACCUGGAGGAGAUGGUGCUGCCGCUGAUGGUGGCCAGCGCCCAGAGCGGAGAGAGGGAGUGUCACGUGGUGGUGCUGACUGACGACGAUGUGGUGGACUGGGACGAAGAGUACCCACCGCAGAUGGGAGAGGAGUACUCGCAGAUCAUCUACAGCACCAAACUUUACCGCUUCUUCAAGUACAUCGAGAACAGAGACGUGGCCAAGUCGGUGCUGAAGGACAGAGGACUGAAAAAGAUCCGACUGGGAAUUGAAGGUACACCACAAAAGGGUUUUUUUGUUGCUCAUGGCUUUCAGAAUAGUUUUUGUCUUCAAAUGCAGUCUGGUCCUUGA